GAAAAUCAUAUAGGGGGCUCUGCAAUUACCGUUAGAUUGCACAUUGCAGAGUCGUGACGUGACGAAAGUGCACUGCUUAAUACGCUCAAUUGAGGCAAUCAUUUGACGGGCCAUGCAAAAUGGGCACAACAAAAGACGUUUGUUAUCGCCGCUUAACUAUUUUUAACCGUCAUUCAAUUUAUUUCGGUCAUAAAAAUACCUCUGCUGCAAAUUCAAAGUAGUUGCGUUACGUAACGUAACAAUUAGCGUAACGAUAAUCAGAGUUCCCGAUUAAUAAUCGAAUGUUAACAGAAUGUUACGUUAACAGUUUGUUAUGUGCGGGUGAGCGGAAUCUUUUAUCAAAUUGUGCGCAAAAGAUUAAAUGUUUUACGUUAAAAAUUGACUGAAACCGCACCGCAAUCCUCGAUCCCCGGCGUGCCACCAAGAGGAGCGUUAAUUGACAUGAAAUUGCUGACCAAUUCCCGGCUGCUGCGGCCUCUGCUGCUGCUGCGCCGCCAAAGGUCGCAUGACGCAAAGGCGGAGGCACUAAAUCCCCUUCAACCGGUUCCAACUGGUGUCCAACUGGCCGAACUGGAGCGGAAUGUGUUAAAGCGCCACCACAGGAACAAUGUGCCUCUAAUACGCUCUCUAAUCCAAGAGGCGGAGGCUGGAGAUCAGGAUAAACUAAGAAAACUACAAGCGGAACUGGAGCAACUGCCCAAUGAAACGCAUCCCCGCCUGCAGGAUUACGGCGAGGAGCCGCGGGAACUGGCGCAGUAUGUGCACCGGGAGCUGCCCGAGCAGUCCAGCCUCAAGGAGUUCUCCGAACUGGCCCGUGCCCUCAAUCUCUACCGCAUGGACCACCUGGGCAACUACACGGGGCACAAGAGUUACUAUCUAACCGGCCAACUGGCCACCUUGGAGCAGGCCAUCAUACAGUACGCCCUGCAGGCAGUCACCCAGCAGGGCUUCAAGCUGAUCUCCGUGCCGGAUAUCCUGCCAAAGGAGGUAAUUGAAUCCUGUGGCAUGCGCACCGAGGGCGAACGAACCCAGGUCUACAAACUGGAAACGGGCGAAUGCCUGUCGGGCACCUCGGAAAUGGCCCUGGCCGGGUACUUUGCAAAUAAACUGCUGCCGGAGGAUCAGCUGCCCCUCAAGGUGACCGCCGUGAGUCGCUGCUAUCGGGCGGAGACGUCCGGGCUGCAGGAGGAGAAGGGCAUCUAUCGGGUGCACCAGUUCACCAAGGUGGAGAUGUUCGCCAUCUGCACGGAGCAGCAGUCGGAGGCCGAGCUGGAGGAGUUCAAGAACAUCGAGGUGGACUUGUUCCGGCGGCUGGGCCUCAAUUUCCGGCUGCUGGACAUGCCGCCCUGCGAACUCGGAGCUCCGGCGUACCAGAAGUACGACAUCGAGGCCUGGAUGCCCGGCCGUCGGAUGUGGGGCGAGAUCUCCAGCUGCAGCAACUGCACGGACUACCAGGCCAGGCGACUGGGCAUUAGAUAUCGCCGAUUGAGCGAUGGAAAAAUCCUAAAUGCCCACACCAUCAACGGAACGGCGACGGCCAUUCCUCGCCUGCUGAUUGCCCUGCUGGAAUCUUAUCAGCGCGGAGAUGCCAUCGAGAUACCCGCCGUGCUGAGACCCUACAUGGACAACCAAGAGCUGAUCACGCGGAACAAACGGAUACCGGAGACCAAGCUGGUCAAGUUCAUCAAGGCCUAGGCUAACCAUCCUUCUGUACCUUUGACUGUUAUCAUUAAAGCAAUGAGCUCUGAAGCUUAUCAACGCAA